AUGACGCCCGGCAAACAUUCCAGUGCCUCAGCCGAGCCGCUAACGCCGGGGGUUGGGGUACAGGGGCUCAGCCAGCCAGGAAAGGGGUGGCCAACCACUCAGCCAGUUGCCACCAUGCGCAUCUCUCCGACAAACAGCCACAAGCAGCUGAACCUCGGGUUGAACAGUAGCACACAACCAAAGAAGUCUAUUAGCUUUACUGGCACAAUAAAAGGACCUCCAAUGAAAGGAUAUAUUGGUGCAAAUCAAAGCAGAAUGGCUAUGUCAAAAACCAUGCUUAUUCCACCUGAGUUGAAAACAAUAGAAAAAAUGAAUAUUGCUAGCACAAAGAUAGCACAGGUGUUUGAUAUAAAUGGAGUUGAUGUUACUCCCCGGCCUCUUUAUCGUCCAGAUCCACAUAUUGGUACAGCAAAACCAAAUAAACUAUUGACAUCACAAGAAGGAUCUUUUGGAUCAGAAUUUAUAGCUUCCUAUAGCCUUUAUCAGAAUACAAUAAAUCCUAGCAUAUUAGGGCAGUUUACAAGGUCAAUUUUAGGAAGCAGUUCAGUUUCUAAGUCAAGUGCAUCAACAACUGAAUCAAUAGUAGCAGAGGACCUAGAAGAACCAUCCUAUAAACGAGAAGGAUUGGCUAGUUUUACAGAUUUACGAGUUGUAAGGACAACACCUGAAAAAAUUAUAACAAAAGAAGACCUGGAGAAGAAUAUAGAGAUAAUACUCACAGAGACAGAAACACUGAGACUUUUUGACUUGCCAACAGUCAUGGUCUCUGUAGAAUCUGAGGAAGCUGGGAAAGUAAACCAGAGAAACAAGAAUUAUGAAAACCUUUGCAGAAAUAGAUUAGGCAAUGACCUAUAUGUUGAAAGGAUGAUGCAGACUUUUAAUGGAGCACCAAAGAAUAAAGAAGUUCAAUGUGAUAAAAUCACAAUGGAAGAAAAAGGCAUAAUGUCCACUGUCUGGGAUUUGUAUGAUUCUUAUAAUGCUGUGGAACUUUCAUCUUUACCAGUAAGAAAAUCUGCAGUUGAAUUAAGUAGUAAAGCAAGUGUACUUCCUAAAGAUCGGAACCAAAGAUGGUCAGGGAAUACUAUAGAAAAAAAUAGUGAAGCUAGUUCUCUAAUGGAUAUAGAAAAUGUAAUUCUGACUAAAGUCCAUGAAGAUGAGGAAGACCAUUCUGAUGCAAUAUUAAAAUCUGACAAGUUUCAUCAGGACUUAUUUUUUAUGGAACGGGUUCUAAUGGAAAAUGUAUUUCAGCCAAAACUUGCAGCUUAUCGUCAGCUUCCUGUUUUAAAAGAACCUGAACCUGAAGAGCCUGAAGAGCCUGAAGGUGAAAAACUUCAAGAGGCAGAGGAAGAAGUUAAGAAGGAGGAGGAAGAAGAAAUAGAAAUAGGUGCAGUACAAUCAACAAUACCAGCCAAUUUGGAACGACUUUGGUCUUUUUCCUGUGACUUAACCAAAGGCCUUAAUGUGAGCAGUCUUGCCUGGAAUAAAACAAACCCAGAUAUUUUGGCUGUUGGCUAUGGGCACUUUGGAUUUAAGGAACAAAAAAGAGGAUUGGCUUGCUGCUGGUCAAUAAAGAAUCCCGUGUGGCCAGAACGCAUUUAUCAGAGUUCAUAUGGAGUUACUGCUGUGGAUUUUUCAAUUGGAGCACCUAACCUUCUAGCAGUUGGCUAUCACAAUGGCACAAUUGCGAUUUAUAAUGUACAAAGCAACAUUAAUGUUCCAGUUCUGGAUAGUAGUGAAUCACCUCAGAAACAUUUGGGACCUGUAUGGCAACUACAGUGGAUAGAACAAGAUCGAGGAACAACAGGUGAUGACAAAAGAGAAAUACUAGUUUCUGUAUCAGCAGACGGAAGAAUCUCCAAAUGGAUUAUACGGAAAGGACUGGACUGUCAUGAUUUGAUGCGACUGAAGCGAACUACUGCUGGAAGCAACAGAAAAGGAGGGGAAAAGGAAAAGAAAGGUGAAGCUUUGAUAUCACGACAGGCUCCUGGAAUGUGUUUUGCUUUUCAUCCCAAGGACACAAAUAUCUAUUUGGCUGGUACUGAAGAAGGUCAUAUUCACAAAUGUUCUUGUUCAUAUAAUGAACAAUACCUAGAUACCUACAGAGGACAUAAGGGCCCAGUGUAUAAAGUAACAUGGAACCCAUUUUGUCAUGAUGUAUUCUUAAGCUGUUCUGCAGAUUGGGGUGUUAUGAUAUGGCAACAGGAGAAUGUCAAGCCAUUUUUGAGUUUUUAUCCAACUACGUAUGUUGUUUAUGAUGUUGCCUGGUCUCCAAAAUCAGCCUAUAUAUUUGCAGCUGCUAAUGAGAGCAGAGUAGAGAUUUGGGAUCUUCGCACCAGCAAUUUGGAUCCUCUGAUUGUAAAUGUUGCUAACCCUGGAAUCAGGUUCACAACCGUUCUCUUCGCCAAACAGACAGAUUGCCUUCUGGUGGGAGACAGUGAUGGACAGGUCUCUGUGUAUGAAAUGAGAAACAUGCCUACUACUUUGGAUUCUGGCCAGGAAGAUAUAAUAUGUACUUUGCUUGGGUCCAAGUCAAACCAACCAGCAUAA